CCCUGAGAAUCUGUAUCCUCCAUCCAUCCUCGUCGCCUCCGCCCGAAGCCAUCCAUCGCCCCGGUCGCCGUCGGAGCUUCCAAAGCGAACUACACGCAGGCACACCAAACCUGCCAAACCCCAACGCCAUCCUCUAAAAACGGCUAUCUCACUGGCGCCCCGCCUCCUCUCCAUCCGCACCGUCGCCUCCCCCCUCCGACUCCGAUCCCUCAUGGCCUCCGCCGCGGCCGCGGCGCUCGCCUCCCCCGCGGCCCUCUCCCCGUCGCCGGCGCGCCGGGGCCUCGUCAGCUUCGCCGCCCCCGCGCUCCGGUCCGGCCCCAGCACCCGCGCAGUCGCGCUCUCCGGUGUAAGAACUCAUGUUGCGGCUGUUGAGCAAGCUGCUGUACAAGAUGCUACAAAGUUGGAAGCUCCUGUCGUUAUUGUUACUGGUGCUUCAAGGGGAAUCGGAAAAGCCACUGCAUUAGCUCUUGGAAAAGCAGGUUGCAAGGUCUUGGUGAACUAUGCCCGAUCUUCAAAGGAGGCUGAAGAAGUCUCCAAAGAGAUUGAAGCAUCUGGAGGCCAGGCCAUUACCUUUGGAGGAGAUGUUUCCAAAGAAGCUGACGUUGAAACUAUGAUAAAAACAGCAGUUGACACAUGGGGAACUAUUGAUGUACUGGUAAAUAAUGCAGGAAUCACAAGGGACACAUUGUUGAUGAGAAUGAAGAAAUCACAGUGGCAAGAUGUAAUUGAUCUGAAUCUUACAGGCGUUUUCCUUUGCACGCAGGCUGCAACAAAAGUAAUGAUGAAGAAAAAGAAGGGAAGAAUUAUUAACAUAGCAUCAGUUGUUGGUCUAACUGGUAAUGCUGGACAAGCUAAUUACGCUGCUGCAAAGGCUGGAGUCAUUGGGUUCACAAAAACAGUUGCUAGGGAAUAUGCUAGCAGAAAUAUUAAUGCGAAUGUUAUUGCUCCUGGAUUUAUUGCAUCAGAUAUGACUGCCGAACUUGGAGAAGAGCUUGAGAAGAAAAUUCUGUCAAAUAUUCCCUUAGGGCGAUAUGGGCGGCCAGAGGAUGUAGCAGGUCUGGUGGAAUUCUUAGCCCUCAGCCCUGCUGCAAGCUACAUCACUGGACAGGUCCUUACCAUUGAUGGAGGGAUGGUAAUGUAAGGCUUUGGCAAACUCUCACUCGGGCUUCAAAUUUCCCCCUUUUGUCCUAUUAUUUGUCCUAAAAAGACUGUAAUUCACAGUUUUUAGGUGUCCCUUUUUUAAGGGACGAUUUGUUUUUUGUGCAGUGAUUUCUAGUGUCUAGUUUAUAGGGAGAGUGGGAACAAUAGGUAGAAAUGUAAGGAAUUUGCAGGCAUAUAUUUCACUUCCUUUGUGAGCGAUUACUUCCAGACAUGUUUUGGUCCAUGUCCAUCUGAUAUGAGCAUGCUCCUCGUUCA